AUUAUGUUCAGUUUCAGAUAUAUGCCAAGGUAGACUUUUUAUUUCCCUAUUUCUGCAUACAACAGGAUCUGGGACAGUUUCCUUAGUCGUCCCCCGCCCAUGGCCUUCGAGACGAUCCGGAGGGGCCGUGAAAAGCUCAUCACCUUCCUCCAAAGAGCACCUGAUCUCAUCUUGGACGACACAGCUGCCCAGGGCCUUGUUUCGGAGGCUGACUAUGAAGUUUUGGAUAAGUUGUCGGACCCGAAAGAGAAGAUCCGCAGGCUCUUGGUUAAAGUCCAGAUCAAAGGGGAACAGACCUGCCAGACGUUCCUUGAGGGCAUCCGGGGCCUCUUUCCAGAUCUGCCUCCGGAUCUGUGGCCUCCAGCGAGUGCUUGCUCCCCUCUAGCAUGCUCAGAUCUAAAUGGAGGAUGUAAUCCUGCCAUUUUGGACAACGGUGGGCCAAAAAAUCCAGAAGUGGAAGAAGCGAAAGUGAAAGACGAGUUAUUGGCUGAGGAUUCUAAAGAUGAAGAAUUGGAAAAUGUACCUGGUGGGCAAGAACUUGGUCAGGAACCAAUGGAGACAGAAAUGUUUGAUGCCUCCUCCAGCCCCAGGCAAAUCCGCCUCUUACUUCCAAAGUUUUUAUGCCUCAUAAGUAAUAACAACUCCCUUUUCCACAGGAGGAGUUAA